AUGGCUCCCGCCGUGAUCUUCCCCGAGGGGGAGAACAACCAACCUGAACCUCCUAUACAGGAGGUACCCAGUAAUGUUUCCACCUCCAAACCGACAGCCAAGCGCCAGCGAUGGGCCACCACCCGAGCCGGCGGUGCCGGCGGUGUCAAGAAACGGGUCUCCAUCAUGGAUCGAUUCCAUCAACGCCAACAGCAAAGAGACGAGAAGCGCCGAUCGAACAUGGGCAGUUCGCCCGAGAACGGAUCUACUAGUGGCGAUGAGGGCUCGAAACCCGCCUCGGAGAAUCGGACGAUUUACUUCAAUAUUCCGAUUCCCAGCUCCGAACGCGACGAAGAUGGGCAAUUAAAAGUCAUCUAUCCGAGGAAUAAGAUCCAAACCGCCAAAUAUACACCAUUGACUUUCGUUCCCAAGAACAUCUUCCUGCAAUUUCACAACAUCGCUAAUAUCUACUUCUUGUUUGUCAUCAUUCUCAACUUUUUCCCUAUCUUCGGUGCCAACAAUCCCGGACUGAAUGCUACCCCUCUAAUCGUCAUUAUCGUGAUCACAGCUAUCAAGGAUGCUAUUGAGGAUUGGGGACGAACAGUGUCGGAUAAUCAAGUCAACAACUCGCCAGUAUACCGAUUGAUUGAAUGGAACAAUGUGAAUUCCACGGAGGACAGCAUUGGUCUUUGGCGCCGCAUCAAGAAAGCUUCGACUCGUGGCACCAUUUCUACUUGGAAGUCGAUCAAGGGCACUUUUGCCAAAAAAGACAAGAAUAGGGACGACAUGCAGGUCGCGCGACAGGGUUCCUUCAGCACAAUAAAUGACCCCCGAGCAUCGAUAUACACCACCCGUAACUCUUUGGAGAUUGGCGGGGCGGCUAUCCCGAUGACAGAUGUUCCUUCGCCCCGCCCUGAAGCCCGUGAAGAUUGGCCUAUUCCCAACAAGACCGAAGACAAUUUCCUUUCCCCCAUAAGCCCCAAUCGUGAAAGUUUGAUACAACCAGCGCGGAAGACGGGAAGUAUUAUGGACUUGUCCAAGCAGACCCCAGGUACAGCUCGUUUCAAGCGCGAUGCUUGGAAGAACCUCCAAGUGGGCGACUUUGUUCGGUUGUAUAAUGAGGACCCGAUUCCUGCUGAUAUUGUAAUUCUUUCAACUUCGGAUCCAGACGGUGCGUGUUACGUGGAGACUAAGGGUCUGGAUGGUGAAACAAAUCUCAAAGUCCGCCAGGCUCUCCACUGCAGUCGCCAGGUUCGACACGCUCGGGAUUGCGAAAAGACGGAAUUCAAGAUCGAGAGUGAGGCCCCUCAUCCCAAUCUUUACUCCUACAACGGCGCUAUUCGUUGGGAGCAGCGAGACCCGCUUCACCCGGAGGCCCAGCGCGAGGAGAUGGUUGAGCCCAUCAGCAUCAAUAACCUCCUCCUUCGUGGUUGCUCUCUUCGCAGUACUGAAUGGGUCCUUGGUGUGGUUAUCUUCACUGGUGGCGACAGUAAGAUCAUGCUCAACUCUGGUGCGACCCCCGCGAAGCGUGCCCGUCUUGCCAGAGAUCUGAACUGGAACGUCAUUUACAACUUCGUCAUCUUGUUUAUCAUGUGUCUCAUCGCAGGUAUCAUCAAUGGUAUCAUCUGGGGAUCGUCGGGACAGUCUCUCCAAUUCUUCGACUACGGCUCUUACGGUGGUACACCACCGGUAACAGGAAUUGUCACGUUUUGGACGGCUGUCAUCUUGUUCCAAAAUUUGGUCCCGAUCUCGCUUUACAUCUCUCUGGAAAUCGUCCGCACCAUUCAAGCAGUUUUCAUCCACAGUGACUUGUAUAUGUACUACGAAAGGCUAGGUCUGUACUGCGUCCCGAAGUCGUGGAAUAUCUCGGAUGAUCUCGGGCAGGUGGAAUACAUCUUUUCGGACAAGACGGGUACCCUCACGCAGAACGUCAUGGAAUUCAAAAAAGCCACAAUCAACGGAGUUUCUUACGGUGAAGCUUAUACGGAGGCGCAGAUUGGCAUGAGGCGUCGAGAAGGCGCCAAUGUCGAGGAAGAAAUCGCUCAAGCUCGUGCUAAGAUCGCAGCCGAUGGUAAGCGAAUGCUUGAAGGGCUUCGCCGUGUUCACGACAACCCAUAUCUUCGCGACGAGAACCUCACCUUCAUUGCCCCCAGCUAUGUGGAUGACCUGGAAGGCCGAUCUGGAGAAGAGCAACAGGCGGCAGCCGAGCACUUCAUGUUGGCUUUGGCUCUUUGCCAUUCAGUCAUCACUGAGCAUACUCCUGGCGAUCCUCCGCAGAUCGAGUUCAAGGCUCAGUCGCCUGACGAGGCCGCUUUGGUGAGCACUGCUCGUGACUGUGGCUUUACUGUCCUUGGCCGUUCAGGAGAUGAUCUGCUUCUAAAUGUUAUGGGCCAAGAGCGCACAUACACUGUUCUGAACACUCUCGAAUUCAACUCCUCCCGAAAGCGAAUGAGUGCCAUUGUUCGCAUGCCUGAUGGUACAAUCCGUUUAUUCUGUAAGGGUGCCGAUAGUAUUAUCUACAGCCGUCUAGCCCCUGGUCAACAACAGGAACUACGUCGUCAGACUGCUCAGCACCUGGAAGAGUAUGCCAAAGAGGGUUUGCGGACUCUCUGCGUGGCUGACAAGCUCUUGGAUGAAGAUGAGUACCAUAGAUGGAACAAGGAACACGAUAUUGCCGCUGCAGCAAUUGAGAAUCGUGAGGAGAAACUGGAAGCCGUUUCUAGUGCAAUUGAAAAGGAUCUGACGCUCCUCGGUGGAACUGCCAUCGAAGAUCGACUGCAGGAUGGUGUCCCAGACACUAUCCAGCUCCUGGCCGAUGCUGGUAUUAAGUUGUGGGUCUUGACAGGUGACAAAGUCGAGACCGCCAUCAACAUUGGAUUUUCUUGCAACCUGCUCAACAACAACAUGGAGUUGCUUGUUUUGAAUAUUGGUGAUGUCCCCUCGGCACACCAGGAGCUUGAUAAGCAUCUUGCCGCGUUCGGGAUGACUGGUUCCGACGAAGAGCUCAUCGCUGCGCGCUCGGACCACACUCCUCCUGAAGCGACGCAUGCGGUCGUGGUUGAUGGCGAUACCCUCAAACUGAUGCUUGAUGACGAGCUGAAGCAGAAAUUCUUGUUGCUGUGCAAGCAGUGCAAGUCAGUUCUCUGCUGCCGAGUCAGUCCAGCCCAGAAAGCUGCUGUUGUCAACAUGGUUCGUAAUGGUCUUAACAUCAUGGCCCUCUCAAUUGGUGAUGGUGCCAAUGAUGUUGCCAUGAUCCAGGAAGCUGAUGUUGGUGUUGGUAUUGCUGGUGAAGAAGGUCGGCAGGCCGUCAUGUCAUCUGACUAUGCUAUCGGUCAGUUUAGGUUUCUUCAGCGCCUGCUUCUUGUUCAUGGAAGAUGGGAUUACCGCCGCCUGGGAGAAUGUACAGCCAAUUUCUUCUACAAGAAUUUGGUUUGGACCUUCACGCUUUUCUGGUACUGUAUUUUCAACCAGUUUGACUGUUCGUAUCUCUUCGAUUACACCUACAUUGUGCUGGUCAACUUGGCGUUCACUUCGCUGCCAGUCAUCUUUAUGGGUAUCUUCGACCAGGACGUUGAUGACAAGGUGUCGCUCGCGGUGCCUCAACUUUACAUGCGAGGUAUCGAGCGCAAAGAAUGGUCGCAGCUCAAAUUCUGGUUGUACAUGGGCGAUGGUCUAUACCAGUCUGUCAUUUGCUUCUUCAUGCCUUGGCUGCUCUAUCGAGUCGCUAACUUUGUAAAUCCAACUGGCCGUGAUAUCAACGACACCAGUCGUAUGGGUGUUCUGGUCGCCACUUGUGCAGUCCUUGCCAGUAACCUCUAUGUCAUGAUGAACACGUACCGAUGGGAUUGGUUCACUUGUUUGAUCAAUGCCAUCAGUAACUUGUUGAUCUUUUUCUGGACUGGCGUCUACUCUUCGUUCACCGCAUCCACCACCUUCUACAAGUCAGCUGCUGAGGUUUACGGAGCUUUCAGCUUUUGGGUGGUGCUGCUUCUGACUGUCAUGAUUGCCCUGCUUCCCCGAUUUGCCUACAAUGCUUUCCAAAAGGUGUUUUUCCCUCUGGAUGUGGACAUCAUCCGUGAGCGGGUGACUAUGGGCCAUUUCAAGUACCUGGAUGAUCUUGACAACCUCCAAGAGCUUGCAGAGAUCUCGCUAAAAAAAGAGCAUGAGGCGAAAGUCCCAGCCUCUAGCGACUCGGCAACAUCCUCGGAACUCGCUAAGCCCAUUCAGCCUGCGAUGAAAGAAGAUCCCUCGAUCCCAGAUGAUGAUCGGCCAUUUUAUCCCACUACUAUGGCUACUCGUCACAACCCUCGCAGUCAGAAUGGAAGCAAUGGUACAAACUACACUGGCAGCCUUGAUCAAAACCCACGUCCACAGUCCGUGGACUACGUACGCCGAUCGCAGGAACGAACCCGGCACUCCUUCGAGCAGUCGGAUGACUUUAACAACAUGAGCAAACAUGCUCAGUAUCACCAGGCUUCAUUCCAGCAGCCUCAGUACCAGCAACCCUCGUAUCAGCAGGCUCAUAUGAACCACCAUGCUCAAAACCCGUUUCAAACACCGGAUGAGCAAAACUUUGCACAUAAUGUGAUCUGA